AUGGACACUGGGGGGCGUGCUCUAAUUGCACCAAGACUCUCAGAUUGUCUGCGAGUACAGGAUACUGAAAUAGCAAAAGGCGGGAAGCGGAACGUAUUCCGCUUCCCAAAAACUAUCACUCCCAAAUUACAUGUGCUAAAAACAAGAAAAAACGGCGGUACUUCCUUGGAGCUGAGAACAACGGGGAGUGCAACUGCCGUGACCUCCUCUGCAUGGACACUGGGGGGGGGGGGCGUGCUCCAAUUGCACCAAGACUCUCGUCCUCAGGCUCUAGGAUACUUCUGUUCGAUCUGCCAGACUCACGGACAACUCACUGGAAAACCCCGGCCAGCAAGAAAUGUUGUUUGUAACACUGAGGAUGCCAAGAAGAUUCAAGAGUUGAAUCAAAUGGAGAUCUCGGAAGGAGGCACAAUUCCAAUGACUGAGUUUAAGAAGGUUCAAGAGGAGGAGCUUACCAACAGAUGGAUGAUAAAUGAACUGACAGAAAAGGACGAAGAAAUGAUUGACAGUUCUCAGCUCACUCAUCGCCGUUGCUGGAAGUGUUUUUGA